AUGGAUCCCCUCAGCGUCACAGCCAGCAUCAUCGCGGUCCUCCAGCUCUCCGGCAAGUUCCUUGCGUAUCUGAACGACGUCAAAGAUGCCUCAAAGGACCGCGCGCAGUGCGCGAUCGAGGCAUCGACCCUCUACAGCCUCCUUGUCAAUCUGAGAUGUCGACUGGAAGAGGGGAGCGCCAGUCAGCCAUGGUUUACCGCUGUCCGAGCCCUCGCAGUUGAGAAUGGGCCGCUCGACCAGUUCAAGCAGGCGCUGGAGUUGCUGCAGGCUAAGAUGACCGAUGGAGGUCGACUGAAGAAGGCUGGCAAGGCGCUGGUAUGGAAAUUCAAAAAGGAAGAGAUUGCGAGCAUCCUGGCUCGAAUGGAGCGACUGAAGACGCUGGUAGAGAUCGCGAUACAUAUGGACCAUUUAAAACUUUCGCAAGCUAUCAAAGACGACACCAACUUUCUUCGGACGCACGCACCCGUCAUUCAGUCUGGGGUAGACACGAUUCGACAAGAUCAAGACUCGGCAAGGCAUCGCAGGCUUCUAGAAUGGAUAUCAGCUUCAGACUACCCCGCUCAACAAUCGGACAUCAUAAGGCAUAGACAGGAAGGAACGGGUCAGUGGUUCCUGGACGCACCUGAAGUAGCACGAUGGCUCAAUGAGGCCAAUACCAUUCUCUUUUGCUCAGGGAUCCCAGGGGCCGGCAAAACCAUGAUAGCAGCUAUUGCGAUCGAUCAUUUGCUGAACACAGCGCGGAACAGCUCACACGGGAUUGUCUACGUUUACUGCAACUACAAAGCUCAGGAGGAGCAAGAUGUCUCGAGCCUGCUGGCAGCUAUUCUUAAGCAGCUGGUUCAGGGUCGUCUGUCAGCGAUGGAGCCCAUAGAGCGGUUGCAUCAGAAGCAUGCCGACCGGGGAACCAAGCCGUCACUCGACGAGAUUUACAGCGCGCUUCGAGACGUGCUUACACACUAUCCUCUUGUUCAUAUAGUGAUCGAUGCACUGGACGAAUGUCAGAACGCUACUCGCCGCCAACUUCUGGCAAAACUCCGAGAUUUUCAAGCAGGAAGCGAUGUUCGUUUCAUGGUCACAGCCCGUUAUAUACCAGACAUUGAGGAUGCCUUUAGAGGAGCGCUGAGGCUCGAGGUGCAGGCUAGCAGAGAGGACGUCAAGCGUUUCGUGGCCGGUCAGAUAUUCCGACUACCCACAUGCAUACAACGCAGCGCAGCGCUGCAGGAGAUGGUGCAGGAAAGAAUAGUGGAUGCGGUGGAUGGCAUGUUUAUUCUGGCACGCCUGCACAUAGACUCGCUGCUAGACAAACGAACGGCAAAGGAUGUGAAGAUAAAUCUCUCAAAACUCCCGAAGGGCGCAGCCGCACUCGACGUCGCGUAUAGAGAUGCUCUUGAACGAAUUGAAGGUCAGCUGGAGGGUGAUCGCGCGCUAGCUAAAAAGGUUCUAUCAUGGAUCACAUUGGCAAAACGACCGCUUACCACUGCGGAGAUAUGCUGCGCCCUGGCAGUGGAGCCCGAUGAGACGACGAUCGACCCGGACAACGUGCCUAAUAGCGAAGACUUAGUAUCUGUGUGCGCCGGUCUUGUCAUUGUCGACACGGAAAGUGCUAUCAUCCGUCUUGUACACUACACUACACAAGAAUACUUCGAGCGGAUUGGAGAUGCAUGGAUGCCGGACAGCCAGUUCCACAUUGCUAGUACAUGCCUUACGUACUUGUGCUUUAGUGAUUUUCAAAGCGGCAGCUGCUCCAGUGACAAGGACUUUGAAGCGAGGCUACAGGAACACCAGUUCCUCGACUACGCGGCUAAGAAUUGGGGAGUGCAUGCAAGAGCAACCGAGGCCGAGAUUGCUGAUCUCGCGUGUGAAUUUCUCCACAGCGGUUCGUUUUCAUGUGCUGCGCAAAUUCUGAGAGUUUCCCGCUACAGGUACGAAGGGUACAGCAGACAUUAUCCUACAACCACACCUUUGCACGAGUUAGCACGUCUUGGACUCGCUGGCAUAGCGGAAAGAAUUCUAUCUACCGCAACAGAGCCUGUUACACAGGCACUGAAUGCGGAAGACAGCUGGAACGACACUCCCUUGACUAUUGCAGCGAGACACGGACAUUGUGAGCUGGCCAAUAUGCUGCUCGACAAUGGCGCCGAGGUCAGCGCGCAUGGCGGACACUACGGCAACGCACUGCAGGCAGCUUCAGCUGGAGGCCACGAGCAGGUAUUUAAGAUGCUGCUCGACAAAGACGCCGACGUCAACGCGCAGGGCGGACACUACGGCAACGCACUGCAGGCAGCUUCAGCUGGAGGCCACGAGCAGAUAGUCAAGACGCUGCUCGACAAAGAUGCCGACGUCAACACGCAGGGCGGACACUACGGCAACGCACUGCAGGCAGCUUCAGCUAGAGGCCACGAGCAGGUAGUCAAGACGCUGCUCGACAAAGGCGCCGACGUCAACGCGCAGGGCGGAGGGUACGGCAACGCACUGCAGGCAGCUUCAGCUGGAUGCCACGAGCAGCCUGACAGGUCUGUAAAAGAGACACUCCGGAGGCCCGGACUACCAAUGUAUAUAGGAUGUGGGGUUGCGGUUCCAAAAAAACCCCCCGGUCAAGACGUUCGACUCGAACACACCCAAGAUGAAGCUCUCCACCACUUUCAUACUCUUCGUCGCUUCUCUCGCCAUAGCUGUACCUGCCGAAGUCAAACGCGAAGCAUCCCCCCAACCGAUCCCAAUUGGCACUGAUUAUGCCCUCCUACAGGCCCGCUGUAGCCACCUGGAGUGCAAGUGUACCGGCUUUGAUCCCAGCAGCUGCUCCGGCCCGGGUUGCGGAAAACAGUGCAACACUGGAAACUAGAAGUUUAAAAUCGAAGUUUGAGCGCCUUCCGUAGUAUCGUGUUUCUUGUUGUGUCUAUGAGCAGGAUGUGAGUUCGACGUUGCGUCAUGCAAGGUGGACCGAGGAAGGUGUGAUGCACGUAGAACUUCAGGUCACUCAUGUCAGGGAGGUUGCCAUGUACUUAUCGUUACAGUGCUUCCAAUUUCAU